AUGCACAAGGCGGUUUCGAAUGUCGAGGCCGUGACCGGUGACCUACACGCCCGCAUCGCCGCCCUCCAGACCGACGUGGCGACGUUAAAACGGAAGAAAACCAUGCUAACCGAGCGAAAGCGCGCCCUCGCCGAGUGGUACGCCGAGGAGAUUCAGAACGAUAACGCCCAACAUCAAAAACGUAGUACUUUUGAGCAGUCCGUCCUAGAUCGUCUGCGGCAGCGCAUCGAGGUAUUUAAAGAAGCAUGGCAACGCGAGCGGCACAACAACCGAUGA